AAAUAAUCUAUGUUGUUACAGAUCUACCAGUCCAAUUGUUGAAAGAAGCUCUUGUUGAAUUUUUGUCCAGCCUGUAGGGUAUGUAUUUCAUCUUCGUUUAAUUUCUGGCAUGAUGGCACUGAAUCAAGACAAGGAUAAACAAGUAAUCAGGGUAGAUCAGGACUCGGAAACAGAUUUGCAGGCACUAUUCGACAGUGUUUUGAAACCAGAUUCUAAAAGACCGUUACAAGUGCCAUGGAGCAUGCGAAAACUUCCUGAGUCGUUCUUUACCCCACCAUCGACAGGUUCGAAAUCGAUAAACCAUUCUCGCGAGAAUUCCGCCGAUUCUGCCUUCGGGGGUGGCUCUGCAGGUACUGCCCUCGUCAAGUCUGUUCCCCAACAGGUAGCCCAUCACAGAGCACACAGCUCUCCAGCAUCUCUCCAACAGACACAUGCUGUAGGGCCACGGCAAGACGUAGGCCAUCAUGUUAAACAAAGAUCAUACGACGUGGCAGUCAGAACGGAAGAUAACACUCCUUUACCGCCUGGAUGGGAGCAAGCUUGCACCCCAGAAGGCCAGAUUUAUUAUUUGAAUCAUAUUACGCGAACUACAACAUGGGAGGAUCCAAGAAAACUAUUGGUUACCCAAACUGCAGCACAGCAACACCACAACACGGAGCUAUCGAUGCCACAUCAGCAGUCGCCUGAUACUAUCAAAGUUAAUCCAGAUUUAGGGCCGUUGCCUGAAGGGUGGGAGCAAGCACAAACUCCUGAAGGUGAAAUAUAUUUUAUGAACCAUAGAACACGUACGACUUCUUGGUUUGAUCCUCGAAUUCCUGCACAUCUGCAACAGCUGUCUCCUGGAAGAAACAUAGUAAGACCUGACUGGCCUUCGGCAGUUUCGACUUCUAUCACAGCCCAAAAAAUCAGGUUGCAACAGCUACAAAUGGAACGGGAGAGGCUCAAACAGAGACAGCAGGAAAUUAUGCAUCAGGAAAUCUUGAUGCGGAGCAGUAAUGAUAUACCUGUUCUGGAUCCCUUCUUGUCUGGUUUGACUGACCAUUCGCGACAGGAGUCGGGAGAUAGUGGACUAGGUAUGGGUACAACCUGUUCGAUGCCACACACUCCCGAAGACUUUUUAGGUGACAAUAUGGAAGUGGGUGGAGAGAGCCACGCGGUUGAAACUCCGGACAUGUCUAGCUUGCGUGAAAAUAUAGAUUCGACGGAUGACUUGGUGCCUACUUUACAGUUGGGGGAAGAGUUUCCCAUUCUAGAAGAUGUUCAGUCACUGAUAAGUCCCCUAACUACAAGACCUGAUAACAUACUCACUUGGUUGUAAGGCAAGUGCCCGAAAUUUGCUCAUGAUUUUCUGAACACUUUGAAAAAAAUUUAUUCUUAUUCAUUUACCCAACACAUUGAGCACAAAAAGUCGUUCUCCAAUUACAAUAUUCUUCAUUGUAAUGUAUACAAUGACAAUAAUGAAUCUAUAUAUUUUAUGAACUGUUGAGAUUUAAAAAAAUAUCAUUGAGUAAUUGUAGUACUGUAUUUUUCUACAGUUAAUAGGAGUGUUAUAUCACUUUUUGAAUAGUUCAACCAUAACUAGUGGCUUUUAAAAGUCAGAAUGGAAACGAGCAGAUGCAGAUUUGUUACCAUGUGAUCGCAGAGUCAGUCGAGCGAAAUAUAUUUAAUAAUAAUAAUAGUAAUGGUCUUCGUUGGGUGUUCUCUGCAUGGUCCGUGACUAUGAGAGAACAGGAAUUGGAGCAUUUCUCUUUAGGGCAGCUGCCUGAGCAGCUGAUGAAUUCGGUUUAGUUUUGGACACUGUACGAGGUGACCACAACUCUGUCACCGAGUUGGAACCCGUUCAGCAAAAAGCUCAUAUAAAAGCCGCAGAGAUAAC